AUGAGUGAGGCGGCCCGCAAACUAGCCAGCCUUUCACGCAAAGCCGAAACAGCGGCUUCUCGCUUCACCGGCGACACUGUACAAGCUGUCCAAAUUGGGUGCAAGAAGGAGUCUGGGGGUUUCUGGAAUGUCAACAUUGCUAGUGACCAUCCCAUCUUUGAUACAAAGCUCCUUGAGGUUCCUGCCAUGUUAGAAAUCCCGCUUGUCAUAUGUCCCCUCGGUACCAAGUCGAACAAUCCAGCCGAUCUAGACUGCCCCUUAGCCGCCUCGCUCUGCAUCAGUUACGCAGAGGACAAGAAGCCGCUUUGCUCGGAACACCUUGAAGGGGUACAUAUGUACAUUGAAAGUCUGUUGGACACGUAUGGUGAGGAUGGGCCGGAAGCCGCACACGAAGAAAUUUCGAAGGAGGAAUUUGAGGAGUGGUUCGAGAGCUACAAGGAAACAGAGGCCGAAAAUGGAAGUGCCAAUUAG